UAGUUGGACACUUUUUUUUUUCUUUUUUUUUUUUUUCAUCUAAUGCAACAAGUGAAUGGAGUUCAAGUAUAUAAUUCUGAUCCUUCACUAUUAUAUGAAGGUUUAGAUAAAGAACCUACUUGGUUUAGUGCUCAAGGUGGUGUAUAUCAAUGCUAUGAACGAUCAAGUCGCCGACCUAUUGCCAUCAAAAAAUAUUUGGUAGAAGACAACAAUAAACAUCCUGAUAUGUUUGUUAUGCCUCAAGAAUUAGUAGAAAACGAAAUUUAUACAAUGACAAAGUGCAACCAUACCAAUAUUCUUAAACUUUUAUCUGUUCACCUUCAUCAAGAAUAUGUUUAUCUUAUUAUGCCUCUUUGUGGAGGUGGUUCUUUACAACAAUAUGUAUUUGAACAUCAUCUCAAUUAUGGACAAUUGGCUCAUAUUGUUGCUUCGAUUGCAGCUGGAUUAGAGGAAAUCCAUCGUCACGGGUACAUUCACCGGGAUAUCAAAUGUGAUAAUAUAUUUUUAGAUGAUCAGGCAAAUCAAGUUGUUAUUGGUGAUUUUGGCGUGGUUUCUAUUACUCCUGCAGCUGAUUCAAGCUUGGAAGAGGCAGGUGUUGUUCUAUUCUGGGCUCCUGAACUUGUGCAAGGCAAAUUGGUUAAUCGAAAAAUUGAUAUUUGGGCUCUUGGAAUUGUCAUUUUAGAAAUCAUCAAUGGUGGUCGUGCACCUUAUGAAGAUGAAAAAUUGGAUGAAGAAGAGAUUAAACAACGUAUUUUGACAAUUGGAAAACCAGCAUAUCCUGAAGGUUUACCCUCUCGAUUAUUAGAUUUAUUGGAUUGUUGUUUGAAUCCUGACCCACGUGCUCGAGCAUCUGCAUCUGACAUUCUGAAGCAUCCAUUUCUCCUUGAUUAUGAUCAUGAACCAUUAUUUGCAACAGCAGCAUCAACGACAACAACAACAGCUACAGAAAGUGAUGACUACUCAGUGUUGUGUUCUAUCGAUCCUAAUGCAGUAGAUGAAGGUUCAAUGCUUAAUGCUCUCAAGACACUUCAAGACAUGAAACCUAUGGAUGAAUUGGACCUCAAUUUGGAAUCUACAGUUCCUGAUCUCUCUGAUACUUCUGAUUCACUCUCUUCUUCACAAUCUCAUCGCAUCGAUCCUAUAACAUCACCAGUACCACGACGACAACAUGUACCAUCUCGUAAAUGUCGGUUACCCGUAGCAUCUUUUGUUUUGAAUGAUGAUUAUGUUGAUUCCAUUCCUGCAAAAGACAAGAUUGCUCAUGUACGACAAAAGCGACAAUCAUUGACUGAAGAACAUCGUAACCAAGGAUCUCGUUUACCUAUGCUGAAAAUCAUUUUGGCUGUACCUACUUCACCCUCACCUCCACCAACCCCGGGAAAGAAACUUAGAAAGGCUAAAUCGGUCCGACUUUGUGCAACUUCACCUGUUACACCUCAAGCAUCCAACAACCGUAUUCAACAAAAACCUGAAAGAAAACCAUUACUACGAUCUCAAACUCUUCCAACACAACCUAAACGAGCUUCACCUUCCUCUUUACCCAAGAGCACCGAGCAUCAUCGACAAACGACAACAACAACAACAGCAACAGCAACUCGUCUACCAUCUCUAGGAAAACCAUCGACACCUGUUGCUGCUACUCCUGGGAAAAAGAAAUCAUCACUCACUCCACCAACUCAACCGCUAGCUUACCGACAAAAAAGAUUACCGGAAAGUCGAACUGCUCGUUUGAUGAUGGGUAUCAGUACCACUGGUCGACGAACAUCCAAGGCAGAUACUGCUACAUUAUCACCACCUACUCCAGAAGUCACCAAAACAACAUCAAAACGUCUAUCAUCCGCACUCGCAGCAUCUUUGUCAAGCAAAAAAAGAUCUCAAGAAACAAAACAGCGGCCAUUAUCAUUCUCUGGACCAAAGUCAACCACGUCAGCGGUAGCCAUGUCAUCAUUCAGUACCCAUCGACGAGAAUAUCCAUUACCGCCCCCUUUACCUGCUUUACCACAAUCCUAUGGACGAUAUCAUCAAAAAGACGACGAGCAGUAUCAAAAAUCAGCAUUGACACCUCCUGUUAGUCCGGCCAAACUGCGUCGGCGAGUAUCAGCACCAUCAUCAAAACAUGAACCAACAUCACCAACAUCACCAACAUCAGGCAGUUCUUUUGGAAAAAGCAACAAUCUCAAAGGGAUGAAGGUUUUACGAGCUUAUUGACGUUACUUCUUCUUCUUUAUACCCUAUUUAUUUUUAGUUUCUAUAUACUCAUUAUAACUUAUGAUAUUUUUAUGAUUCCAUUAUCUAUUAUCUAUUUCUUCCUCCCAUUCCAUUUUACUUUUUUAUUACUAUUAUUAUUAUUAUUAUUUAUCUCUUCAUCACUAUUAUACAUUGAUUUUCCUCGUUAUUUAUACAACACAAUAAAAAUC